AUGUUGGUCGGGAAUUCUCUUGCUCCAGGACCAGCUACUCCUCCUUCACCAUCAGCAGCAGUAGCAGUAGUAUCGCCAGUAAUAUCACUAGUGUCAGGAGACAGUCUAGAGAAGAAGGGUUCACCUCCGGGGACGGCGACAGCAACAGCAACGGCCAAAGGAUCAUUACACCCAGAAGUCAGGCACGAUUCCAAAUCUGAGGAAGAAAAGAGCAAAUCUUUAGGCGAUGAUCAGGAUUCUGAAGAAGAGGGAAGCGACGAUGAUGAUGAGGAUAACAAUGAUGGCGGAGAUGUAGAUGAAGAGGGUGAUGAUGGUGAUGAUGAUGGCGAUGAUGAUGAGGAUGGUAGCGAAGAGGAUGACCAACCUGGCAACUCUGGAAAAGCCCUCUCCGGACAUGGCAAAAAUUCAUCGUCAUCGUCAUCCAAGAUCCCCUUCGCGUCGAUUUCGGUGGCAGUUGCAUGUCUGAUCGGGAUCUGUGCGUUCUUAAUCUACCUGAGCAAGAAACGGAAACGGGAACGCGUCCGUGCAGCAUGGGUCGAGUCUGUCUUUGGCGCCAACGGGGGUAGCGGAACACGACGUGAGUCUACCAUAUCGAAGGCGAUCCACAACACGGUCAUGCUCCCGGUGCCCGUUGUCCGUGGGUCAUAUGGAUCUACUACUGUUGCAACACCAACGUGGGGAGGAGGAUACUCCGGCAUUCGAAGCCCUGAGCCACAACAACAACAACACAACGACGGAUACCAUUACCGCCAACACCAGCACCACCAUAGCAACGAACGGUAUGAAGAGUACUUUGACCAGGACGAGUGUGAAGGUGAUGCUGCAGAAUUGCCCCAUCUGCCGAUCGAUUACACGCCCGGUCCUGGCACCGCGCCGGCAGCACCUCCCACAAGAGUCCAGCGACCAGCAGUGGUGGUGUAUUCCAAAAAUACAAUUGCGGUAGCGGUGCAUACAAGUACUGUAAUGACGACCCCUUUCAGGACCGACUGGAACACCUCCAUCAUCACAAGCAUCAACAUCAGCACCACCACCAUAACCACCAGCAACAGCGACACUCGAUGCACACUUCAGCCGGACCAGGAGAAGGACAUCGAUCGUCAGUGGUGGGAGUGUCGGAUUAUCGGAGACCCCACAGUUACUCCUCAGGAAGCCAAGGAGUUGGAAGGAGAGACGUGGUCGAUGCAGAUCCGAGGACUCUGUUGUAUCGGACACAUGUCCUAG